CCCGAGUUCGCUCAUCCUUAUCAGGUGCUUGCACCUCACGUCGAUAUGACCAUCGCCUCACCUCUGGGCACCUCGACGGUCGACCCUAUCUCCGUGGAGCGGUUCAAAGAUGAUGCGUACUGCCAAGAAUUCUACCGCACAAAAGAAGAUCUCUGGAAGAGUACUGAAAAGCUCGCUUCUUUUAUUGGCCGUGCGAAGGACUUUGAUGUCAUUUUUGUUGUGGGGGGCUUCGGACCAAUGUACGACCUCGCCACUGAUAAAACAACGAUUGCGCUGGUUCGGGAGUUUCAUGAUGCCGACCGCGUCAUCGUCGCUCUUUGUCAUGGUGUGGCCGCACUCGUCCACGUAGAGCUGGCCGACGGAACGCCUCUCCUAGGCGGGAAACGUGUGACUGGAUUCAGUGAUGAAGAAGAGGAUCAAGCCUAUGCCAACAAAAUUGCCCCUCCCAAUAUGCCGUUCCAUCUUGAGCAAGCCUUGAAUAAGGCUAGUGGAGGUAACUACGAGAAAGCAGAUCAGGCCUGGGGGUCUCAUGUGAUAUCAAGUCCCAAACUCCUCCUCGGACAGAAUCCGGCUAGUGCUCACGACCUGGGGGUCGCGCUAUUGGAAGUCCUUACCAAAAAGAAGUGA